AUGGUGGUCCUUGAUUGGCUUCAGACAUGUGAAUUUGUUCGUGCGAACUCGGAAAAGUUUGUCUUGUAUUGUCUGUGUGGUUGUUUGGCUGGUAUUAUUGUUAUAUUAUUAUCGAUUAUAAUCAUUCUCUUCGUCAACAAAUAUUGUGACUUCGAUGACGACGACGACGACGAGUUAUCUCCAGAUCUCCAAGAUGAAUAUGUUCAGAAACUCGCUAAUCUACCUGUCUACCGUUACAACGGAAGAACUCAUCAAGAAUUAUAUGAUGUAUAA